GACCAAAAAUUCACUAGCGCGAGCGGUUGGGAUUUUUUUGCGAAUAGGGGAAAAGACCAAUCGCAAAAAUCGAAAAUGGAAAACAAAAGGAAAAUACAAGCUGAUGCAUUUGAAUAGUGCAACGCGCAGGCAUAAAGCAUCAAAAUACAACAGGCAACGCAAACGGUUGGACUAGAAAACUCGUUGUUUUUACCUACAAAUUGAACAAAGUGCAGGUCAAAUACAUGAGUGCAAAGUGACUCAUCUUUAAGAGGCCCGAAAAGUUAUACACAUAAAACAUAUCCUUUUUAGCAACAUCAAUUUGCAAGAGUUGCGCAGAAUUUCACAACAAUGAGCGUAUCCGAGGAUCAAGUGGGUACAACAAACGAUCUAACCGACGCUUUCGGUUCAUUAGGCUCGUCAUCGGGUGCACCUAGUGGCAGUGGCUAUUAUAGUGGCGCUGGUGGUGGUGGCGGCGGCGCCGCUUCAGGUGUUGGUGCUAUAGGUCAACUUGCUAAUGGUUAUGGCAGCAGUUAUCACAGUUACACAGCACGCAUGGUUACCGACCGACAUGCGGCCGAAUAUAAUAUGCGCCACAAGAAUCGAGGAAUGGCAUUGAUUUUCAAUCAUGAAAACUUUGAGGUCCCCACGUUGAAGUCACGCGCAGGCACCAAUGUCGACUGUGAUAAUUUGGCCCGUGUACUUAAACAACUGGAUUUUGAUGUGAAAGUAUUUAAAGAUUGCAACUUAAAGCAAUUAAAACAACAUGUAGAAUGGGCGGGGCAGCAAGACCACAAGGACAACGAUUGCAUUUUGAUUGCUAUACUCUCACAUGGGGAACUUGGUUAUAUUUAUGCGAAGGAUGUGCAAUACAAAUUGGAUCAAAUAUGGGCUUACUUUACACCGCAGCAUUGCCCAAGUUUGGGAGGAAAGCCUAAGCUGUUCUUCAUACAAGCUUGCCAAGGUGAUCGCCUCGAUCCAGGUGUAACAAUGAAGCGAGCUGGACGUACCGAAACUGACGGUGAAUCAUCAAUGAGUUAUAAAAUCCCUUUGCACGCCGAUUUUUUGAUUGCCUAUUCUACUAUACCGGGAUUCUAUUCAUGGCGCAAUACUACACGAGGCUCUUGGUUUAUGCAAUCUCUCUGUGCCGAAUUGGCAGCGAAUGGUAAACGCUUAGAUAUACUCACACUGCUAACAUUCGUGUGCCAACGAGUUGCAGUUGACUUCGAGUCUUGUACUCCGGACAAUCCUGAAAUGCAUCAACAAAAACAGAUUCCAUGCAUUACUACAAUGCUGACACGAAUUUUGCGUUUCAGUGAUAAAACGGCACUGCGAUAAGUCCAAUAGUUUACUGAAAAGUGAAACCAUCCAUGGUGAAUAUUUUGGAAGCGUUGACAAAGCUUCAGAUUUUAGUUCAAACAAUUAUUUUCUCAUCUAAGAUUAAAAUUUUACUCAUUUUAUAAAAACAGAUUUUGACGACGAACUUUUGGUAUUUUUUUAAUAAACAGUAUCUCAACAUUUAAGAAAAUAAAUACAUAUGCAUGUAUUUGCGUUUAUAUACGCAUGUAAUUUCUAUUGAACUUAGCGGUCCCUGAACUAAUCAUUUGGGCGACAUUCCAAACGAAUUAGAUAUCCAACGAAACAAGCCACUUUCCAAGUAAAUAUUAAGAAUUUUGAUAUGCUUUUAUACACGUUUAACUUGCAUAUACAUUUUAUUCAAAUUUAAAAUGUUCUACUAUACAUAGUAUGUAAUCUUUUUGUCGCAAAAUCAUGCAUAUAGACAUAAGAUAGACUGCCAUGUUUGUAAGCUCCAAUAUACAUAAAUAAAAUAAUUCGCACGAAAAAA